AGUUGGCAACUCCGCCAUCAACACUAUUGCAUUGCACAUUACGAAGUUUUCACUUUUCAUAUUUGUUUAGACAUUACCUGAAGCUAGUCAUUAACACCUCACUCACAAUUACCAAAAUAAAAAAUGCUGACAACGCGUUUCAAUAUCGCUGCUCGCCUUCAGUUACUGCGCAGCUACUCCACGACAAUACUGGGCAAACAAAAAGAAACAGCAGCUGCUGCUGCUGCCCUAAAAAGCCAUGAUCCGUUGCAGGCGCAUGCAAUGAAAGAGCAAUGCAUUUUGGUAGAUGAGCACGACAAGGCCAUUGGAGCCGCAUCGAAGGCUGACUGUCAUCGCGUGGAUCCCGAGACAAAUAGCUUAAAGCUGCAUCGUGCCUUUAGUGUCUUCCUAUUUAACACAAAGGGGGAAAUGCUGAUACAACGUCGCUCGCUACAAAAGAUCACGUUCCCAGAUACAUACACGAAUGCCUGUUGCAGUCAUCCGUUGCAUGACAUCGAGCAGGAACGUCUCGAAUCAAAUGCCCAGGGAGUUCGUUUAGCGGCUCAGCGUCGCUUAAAUUACGAAUUAGGGAUACCCACUGAGGAAAUUCAACCAGAGGACUUUCACUAUCUGACACGCAUUCAUUAUGCUCACCCUGGCGAUGGCAUCUGGGGCGAGCAUGAAAUCGACUAUAUUCUGUUUCUCAAGAAAGAUGUCACCUUAAAGCCAAAUGAUAAUGAGGUCAGCGAGGUGCGUUACUUAAAACGUGAGGAAAUUGACGAUGUGGUAUCCAAAUUUAAUGCACCAAUGACCCCAUGGUUUGAAUUAAUCUUGCGUCAUCGUCUCAAACAAUGGUGGGACAAUUUGCAUAAGCUGCAUAAGUUUGAAGAUUUGCAAAAGAUUGAACGGUUUUAAGGCAAUUAUUUGUAUUACAUGGGAAUAUGGGCGUAACGACAAACCAAAAAUAUUUAUGCAACCUCAUAUUGUUUUUUAAAUUCGUUUUUAUCUUUAUUCAAAUGGAAAAUAGGGUGUGAGUGUGUGCGAACAAAGAGCACAAAGCUGUUUUUCAUGCACCUCCGUUAGUUGAUCAGUUCAGUACAACAUCAUUGUAUAAUGUAAAUAUAACAAAAUAUAAUAUAAUAUGUAUGUGUAGCAUGUAGUGUAAGGUAUGCGGUGUGUGUAGUUUCAUAGCACUAACUCAAAUGUGGUUUUGUUGAAUAUUAUAUAAAUAUAUAUAUAGUAUAUAGCUCAUAAAAUGAUCACAUCACGUUUACCAAAAUCAUCUUCAUCUCACAAUCAGAAAUCUCUUCGAAUCGCAGUCAUUUGCAACGAAUAACAAAAAUAAAUAUUUACAAAAAAUUAUCCUAUGUGUAGAUGCUAUUUAACUUAACAAAAAGACUUAAUAGGCAGGUCUGUAAAUACAGACAAAAAACUGAAGCUAAAAUAAACCUUAAGCACUACUAAAUUAAAAAGAAUAUACGACCACAAAGAAAAAAACAAAUACA